CAUAAAGAACCAGCAUCACUCAGACUCACUGGAAAACUUGUACCAUAGUUAUGUUGAAUGAAUGAAUUGCCCGAUUGUUUCGCUUCAUAGUUAAUGAAUAACAACUGCACUUUAGGGACAUGUUGCUUAAUGAGAUAUUUUGCAUGAAGGUGUGCCGAUUUAUUUUAGUGAGCUAUACAUUGAUAUUAUGCAAGCAAGGUGUCUCGAGGGGGUGACAUGGGAAACAAAAGCCCCUCCUCCAGUUGCAUUGCAUUUCUUUGUCUCAAUACUUUUUGGAUGAUCGCCGUGGACUGAAAAACAAACAGCUGUGUCAUAGUCUGUGCUGAAUUGACAGGACUAAGAAACAAGGAAAAAAAAUCACCAGAUCAGACGCUGUUAGAAACGAAGCACACCCUGGUGGGAGACGUGCGUCUCCUUUUUGAUUCUGCAUCUGUGCGUCUGUCAGUAGAUCAUACAGCAGGACCUCCCUGGUUGUCUGAUGCCCAUGGUAGAAGUCGUCAAUGUUUUUCUCUUUUUUAAUAUUCUCUUGCUAGUUUUGUUUCAGGAGCUGCUUGUGGUGGAUAUAAACACAGGGGCCGCCAGUGGGUAACUUGGGUUUGUCGUUUGUAUUCUGUCAGCCGAACCUGGGAUUAUUUUAAUGUCUUUCCAGGAAUGCCACUUCUUAACUGUCUGAAUGCGGUGAGGGAACGUGGAUGUGGAGGGAACAAUUGGAAUUGGAGUUGAAAAACACAAAUUGAACCGAACCCUGAAUGUGGUUGAGUUUGAGCAGGAACAUGUUUGCAACUCCUGUUGUAAUUAAGUGAAUCAAUGUGAUCUGACAUUGCCCUUGGGGCGCUUUGUAUUGGUUCACAAGCACUCCCGCUCCUCUCUCUCCAUUCUCAGGUUCAAGCAUGGGGAGCUGGACACGACUGACCAUUGACCUGGACCUCAUGGUGGUCAGCUGCUCCUCCCCUAAAUGCCCGCCCAGCCUGAAACUGGGAUUCCUCCCACCGGCGGGCUACGAGGCUGUGAGCUGGGUCUCUCUGGAAGAGUCUGAGCCUGUCCCUGAGAUUGAGUGGAGGGUGCUGACCUUCACUUCUCCUCUUGAGCAAGAGAACCAGGCAUACCAUGAGCCAGCUUUACUGCCUUACAAUAACGUCCACUAUAUAGAUAGACAAACAGACAGACAGACAUUCUAUUCUAAAACCAGCACGUUUUUCAGAGAGGAGCACAGUACUACCACUCAGAACAUGCGCCCAUGCUCCCUCCUGUGCUGAAAGGUGUUUCUUGAUGGUUUUAUUCUUCUCAUUUGCCUUUGCCCUUCAAAACAUGACCCCUUUGUUACAAUAUCAUCUCUUUAGUUUCAAAUGCAGUGCCAUUCAAAGCUUGUAUGUGCCCAUUUCCCUCGCC